ACUAAUGGACAAAUAUAUUUUUCACCAUCCUCAUCUAUGGCUUUAAUCCCCAACAGUCUAAUUUCCCUUAUCCUCUCUACUCUCUUGAUCAUCAUCCCCACUCACCAACGUCAACACCCACUGGACUCCCUAACCCCAGCCGAAUUCUCCAAAGUACGAGCCAUAGUCCACAGCUCCUACCCCAUACCGAGCCACACCACAGCCUUUCACUAUGUAGGCCUAGAAGACCCAAACAAACUCACCGUUCUUUCAUGGCUAAAAGACCCAACCACCAUAACCCCACCUCGCCAAGCUUUUGUCAUUGCACGUAUUAACCAAACCACUCACGAAAUCACUGUUGACUUGACAGUCAACAAGAUUGUCUCGGAUAAACUUUAUGAUGGUUAUGGCUACCCUUUGCUCACUUUUGAAGAGCAAAUAGCCGCCAAUGCGUUGCCGCUCAAAUACGCACCGUUUUUGGAGUCCAUUAGAAAGAGAGGGCUCAAGAUUGAAGAGGUUGUCUGCGGGGGUUUUACUGUUGGUUGGUAUGGAGAGGAAAGAAGGAAGAAAAGGAUUGUCAGAGUCAUGUGUUACUAUUUAGAUGGUACUGUGAAUGCGUACAUGAGGCCGGUUGAAGGAGUUACUGUGACCGUGGAUCUUGAAGAGACGAAGAUUAUAGGAUUUAAAGACAGAUUAACGGUCCCGAUACCAAAGGGAGAUGGGACUGACUAUAGAGGAUCAAAGCAAAACCCGCCUUUCUUGGCCCAAUUAAAGGGAAUCACCAUGGUUCAACCUGACGGUCCAAGUUUUACUAUCCACGGACACAGAAUUAGGUGGGCCAAUUGGGAUUUUCAUCUGAGUUUCGACUCUCGAGCAGGCCCAAUUAUAUCCUUGGCAUCCAUAUUUGAUCUCCAGAAGCAAAAGUUUCGUCAAGUUCUGUAUAAAGGGUUUGUAUCUGAGCUGUUCGUGCCCUACAUGGACUUAACUGAAGAAUGGUACUACAGAACAUUUUUUGAUGCUGGUGAAUAUGGGUAUGGUCUAUGUGCAGUGCCGCUCGAGCCAUUUAGGGACUGCCCUGAAAAUGCAGUCUUCAUGGACGCUUACUUUGCUGGCCAAAAUGGGAUGCCUGUGAAUAUGCCUGAUGUUUUUUGCAUCUUUGAGAAGUACGCUGGAGACAUAACGUGGAGGCAUACGGAGACUCUUAAACCAGGCGAAAGGAUAAGAGAAGUGAGGCCUGAGGUGACCCUGGUUGUAAGGAUGGUUUCUACUGUUGGCAACUACGAUUACAUCAAUGACUGGGAGUUUAAGCAAAGUGGUUCAAUCAAAGUCACGGUUGGGCUAACCGGCUUGCUAGAAGUGAGGGGGUCAGUGUAUACCCACAAUGAUCAAAUAAAGGAAGAAGUCUAUGGUACACUAUUAGCAGAGAAUACAGUGGGCGCACACCAUGAUCAUUUCCUUACUUACCACCUUGAUCUAGAUGUGGACGGUGAUGCAAACUCCUUCGUCAAGUCCAAUCUGCAAAUGACCCGCGUGGCUGAUCAAAUGUCGCCUAGGAAGAGUUAUUGGAGGGUUGUCAGUGAGACGGCUAAAACAGAGUCUGAUGCAAGGAUCAGGCUUGGAGUAGAGCAAGCUGACCUGUUAGUGGUUAAUCCAAACAAGAGGACCGAUUUGGGGAACUCCAUUGGCUACCGUUUGAUCCCGGGGUCUCUUACUCAUCCCGUCUUAUCAGACGAUGAUUACUCACAAAUUCGCGGAGCCUUCACCAAGUAUAAUGUGUGGGUUACACCAUAUAACAAGUCUGAAAAAUGGGCAGGAGGGCUCUACGCUGAUCAAAGCAGAGGGGAUGAUACCCUAGCAAGAUGGAGUCUCAGGAAUAGGGGGAUAGAAAAUAAGGACAUCGUGUUGUGGUACACAUUGGGAUUUCACCAUGUGCCAUACCAAGAGGAUUUUCCAGUGAUGCCGACAAUAAGCAGUGGGUUUGAGCUCCGGCCAGCUAAUUUUUUUGAGAGCAAUCCGGUUCUCAAAGUUAAACUGCCUACACCUGUCAAUUGGUCCAAUUGCUCAAAAAAGUAUGUAUAAUUGGUCUCAAUCAAUGGAUUUUUUUUUGCUUAAAAAACAAACAAGAACAACAUAAAAUAAAAUAAAAAUCCUUCUUCCUAA